AUGAAUAAUCAAAAUCUCAUGUGCAUAAUUACAUUCAUCUACCAGCCUAAAUGGAAGAAAAUCUUAUACGCGCCCCAGCCGUAUGAGGACAACUACGUGGACGAAACGUUUCUCGAACAGAUGCGGACGAACGCUAAUGUCCGGGAACACGACUAUGGGGGCAUGGUCCGCUCGUCUGCUGCCAUCACACAGCAGAUCUGCGCCGUUCUGAUUUUCUUCUCCGUGUUUGAGUUUGUCUGCCAAGAUGCCGUCUCCGCCGUUCUGCUAGGCAUUAUCGACGUGUUCCUGGCCGUGGCUGGCUUUGUGGUGCUUCGUAUUCACCUUGGUCUACCUCUGCACACGCUGGAUACGCUGAGUUCAUGUCUUCUUUUCUGCGCGACAUUGUCUCUCAUGUCACCCGUGCUACGAACGCUUACAAAAUCAUAUGCCGACGACACAAUAUGGGCACUGGCGACAUUUCUUGGCUUGCUACACCUCAUCACACAUGAUUACAAUUACGUCAACUCGGGCAUUGGCCGCUUCAGCGGCACAAUAUCGCUCAACGCCGCGGUCUUCACGGCGGUGCUGCUCGGCUCACGGUUGCAGUCAAACGAGCACGUUUUUGCGUUCAUCUUGUUGGCUAUAGAGAUCUUUGCCAUGUUCCCAAUCUUUCAGCGCGAGAUUAAGCGCCACUCCGAGAGGCUGCAUCUCAUGACGACGGCUGUCCUCUUUGCGCUCUCGUUGGCAUUGACCUGGCAACUCUCAGGUCUGCUAAGCGUAGUAUCGGGUGUCUUGGUGCUCUUUCUGGCUUUUGUGUGCCCGCUUUGGUUCAUGCAUGUGCAGGAGUCGAAGAACGAAAUUCUAGGCCCGUGGGAUAUCGCCCACAUCCAACCAGAGCAGUAA